CGUCACAUCAUACUGCCGCCUCUAUGAGCAUGUUUACUAUAUGUUAACCAGGAGAAGGAGGCGUUGGACGGCGGUGAGAGGAUGACAGAAUACGGACUAGUGUUGUCUGAGAAGGAUGCCUGCAAAUGUUCCUAUUUGCAGUGUUGGGAUUAAUCCUGUGUAUGAUAUUGCUGCUGUGGAGAAUUAAUACCAAGAUAGUAGCAAUGCCUACGAAAGGAGAGGAAUCUCCACCUGACUGUGGCCCCCCUGCAGGUAGUGAGGACAUAUCCUCUACUCACACCGCCCCUAAUGCAGCUAAAAAAUUCCCAUCAACAGUUUCUGCAGCCUCAGUACAUGAGCAUGACAAUAUUCCAGUCAAUGGUGAGUGUGCAGGUCUUGCAGUCAAAACAGUGAAGCCUGAUCCUCCUCAGACCUUCUCUGAGGUAAAUGCAGAGCAGCCACUACUUCCAAAGACCACCCAGAAUACCUUCAAAAGCACACCACCAAGGCUCAGCUCAGGGCCUGAGGCGAGGGAACGACUCAAGUUUAUUCUUGGAGCAUCAGAGGAUAACUCAUCAGACGAGGAAGCUCUGGUCACAAAGCCUCCAAGAGGUGCAUCUCAGCCACCAGCGUCCGUCCUUAAACCUUCCACAGAGCAGGCGCCCAAUGUAGUACCACCACCCAGUUCUUCAGUCAUCAGGCCUAGCAUGUCUGGUCCUCACUUAGUGAAAAAAGGCCGUGAACACAGAAAGAUGGAUCUACAGAGGGACUUCACCGUAGCCUCUCCUGCUGAGUUUGUCACACGAUUUGGUGGCAACCGUGUCAUAGAAAAAGUGCUGAUAGCUAAUAAUGGUAUUGCUGCAGUAAAGUGUAUGCGAUCUAUUCGCCGCUGGUCCUAUGAAAUGUUCCGCAAUGAGAGGACCAUCCGCUUUGUGGUCAUGGUGACCCCUGAAGACUUGAAAGCUAAUGCAGAAUACAUUAAAAUGGCUGACCAUUAUGUGCCUGUGCCUGGUGGCACCAACAAUAACAACUAUGCCAACGUAGAGCUGAUUGUAGACAUUGCAAAAAGAAUCCCGGUGCAGGCUGUGUGGGCUGGUUGGGGCCAUGCAUCUGAAAAUCCCAAAUUGCCUGAACUCUUGAACAAAGCAGGGAUAUCAUUCUUGGGGCCAUCUAGUAAAGCCAUGUGGGCUUUAGGGGAUAAGGUGGCUUCUUCCAUUGUGGCCCAGAGUGCUGACAUUCCCACACUACCAUGGACUGGAUCAGGUCUGAGAGUGGAGUGGGGUGAAGAGGACCAAAGUCAGGUCAGCGUAAUCAGUGUUCCUCCAGAGGUCUACAAGAAGGGCUGUGUCCAUGAUGUAGAUGACGGUCUAGCAGGAGCUGAAAGAAUUGGUUAUCCAGUUGUCAUCAAGGCCUCUGAGGGUGGAGGUGGAAAGGGCAUCCGAAAGGUUGAAAAUUCAGAGGAUUUCCCAAGUUUCUUCAGACAGGUUCAAGCAGAGGUACCUGGAUCACCCAUCUUCAUCAUGCAGCUGGCUCAGCAUGCAAGGCACCUUGAGGUCCAGAUACUGGCUGAUGAGUACGGUAAUGCUAUCUCUCUGUUUGGACGAGACUGCUCUGUCCAGAGAAGGCACCAGAAGAUCAUAGAAGAGGCUCCUGCCAGUAUAGCUGCUUCCUCAACCCUAGAGCAAAUGGAGCAGUUUGCUGUGCGAAUGGCCAAGAUGGUGGGCUAUGUGAGUGCAGGUACUGUGGAGUAUCUCUACUCUGACGAUGGGAGCUUCCACUUUCUGGAGCUAAAUCCUCGCUUGCAGGUGGAACAUCCAUGUACAGAGAUGAUUGGCGAUGUAAACCUGCCAGCUGCCCAACUUCAGAUUGCAAUGGGCAUCCCCCUUCAUCGAAUUAAAGACAUACGGUUGCUUUAUGGAGAAAGUCCAUGGGUUGACACCUUUAUCAAUUUUGAGUCUCCAGACUGCAUUCCAAGUCCAAGAGGGCAUGUCAUAGCUGUUCGGAUCACCAGUGAGAAUCCUGAUGAGGGGUUCAAGCCCAGUUCUGGCACCGUGCAGGAGCUGAACUUCCGCAGCAGUAAAAACGUCUGGGGUUACUUCAGUGUGGGGGCAACUGGUGGUCUCCAUGAAUUUGCCGAUUCCCAGUUUGGACACUGUUUCUCUUGGGGAGAGAACCGAGAAGAGGCUAUCUCGAACAUGGUGGUGGCUAUGAAAGAGCUGUCCAUUAGAGGUGAUUUCAGGACGACGGUUGAAUACCUCAUUAAAAUACUAGAGACCGAAAACUUCAGAAACAAUGACACUGACACCGGCUGGUUGGACCAUCUCAUUGCAGAGAAAGUGCAGGCAGAGAGACCAGAUACCAUGUUGGGUAUUGUCUGUGGGGCUUUGCAUGUUGCUGAUGCCAGCUUCAGAAAGAGCAUGUCGGACUACCUGCAUUCACUGGAAAGAGGCCAAGUUCUACCUGCAGCCAGUCUGCUCAACUCUGUCAAUGUGGACCUGAUAUACGAAGGAGUCAAAUUCUGUCUGAAGGUGGCUCGUCAGUCUCCAACAACCUAUGUCAUCAUGAUGAACGGCUCCCACAUUGAAAUAGACGUUCAUAGGCUGAGUGACGGUGGCCUCCUGCUGUGCUACGAUGGCAGCAGCCACACCACUUACAUGAAGGAGGAAGUAGACAGCUACCGCAUCACUGUUGGGAACAAGACCUGUGUGUUUGAGGAGGAGAAGGAUCCCACGAUUCUAAGAUCGCCCUCUGCUGGGAAACUGUUGCAGUAUAUAGUUGAGGACGGCGCUCACGUUUUUGCAGGAGAGACUUAUGCAGAGAUUGAGGUGAUGAAGAUGGUGAUGACUCUGACUGUGCAUCAGUCUGGUUGUAUACAUUUUGUGAAAAGGCCUGGGGCUGUUCUGGAGCUUGGCUGUGUUGUGGCACAUAUGGACUUGGAUGACCCCAGCAGCAUACAUAGGGUGGAGCUCAACACAGCCACGCUUCCACCCCAGCAACCACUGCCCAUGGUUGGGGAAAAGCUUCAUCAGGUGUUCCACAGCGUGCUUGAAAAUCUAGUCAAAGUGAUGGAUGGGUAUUGCCUUGAAGAGCCCUACUUUAGCUCUAAGCUAAAAGAAUGGGUGGCUACCCUGAUGAAAACUCUAAGGGACCCCUCACUGCCGCUGCUGGAACUCCAGGAGAUCAUGACCAGCGUGGCGGGUCGCAUUCCUCCUAGUGUUGAGAAAGAUAUCCGUAAAGUUAUGGCUCAGUACGCCAGCAACAUAACAUCUGUCCUCUGCCAGUUCCCCAGUCAAAGGAUUGCAAACAUUUUAGACAGCCAUGCAGCGACGCUGCAGAGGAAGGCUGAUCGGGAGGUUUUCUUCAUGAACACUCAGAGUAUUGUGCAGUUGGUGCAAAGAUACCGCAGUGGAAUCCGUGGUUACAUGAAAUCUGUGGUUCUCGAUCUGCUGAAGCGCUACCUGCAGGUAGAGGUGCAGUUUCAACAAGCUCACUAUGAUAAGUGUGUCAUCAACCUGAGAGAACAGCACAAACCUGACAUGAGUCCUGUGCUUGACUACAUCUUCUCUCAUGCUCAAGUGUCCAAGAAAAACAUCCUGGUCACAAUGCUCAUUGACCAGCUUUGUGGACGUGAUCCCACCCUGGCAGAUGAGCUCAUGGUCAUUUUGAAUGAACUCACCCAGCUGAGUAAGAUGGAGAACUCAAAGGUGGCUUUGAGAGCCAGACAGGUUUUGAUUGCUUCACAUUUACCAUCAUAUGAACUGAGACACAACCAGGUGGAGUCCAUCUUCCUGUCAGCCAUUGACAUGUAUGGCCACCAGUUCUGCCCAGAAAACUUGAAGAAACUAAUUCUAUCGGAAACCUCAAUUUUUGAUGUUUUGCCAAACUUCUUCUAUCACUCGAAUCAAGUUGUCUGCAUGGCUGCAUUGGAGGUGUACGUUCGCAGAGCUUACAUUGCAUAUGAGCUGAAUAGCAUUCAGCAUCACCAGCUGCUGGAUGGAACCUGCGCAGUAGAUUUCCAGUUCAUGUUGCCAUCAUCACAUCCAAACAGAGGGAGCAGCCCUACUCUGAACAGGCUUCCUGUGCCAGUGAAUGGAUCGGGCCAGUCUAAAAUGAGGCGCCAGAGCAGUGAGCUCUUCAUGGAUGGAGCCUUAUCUCCUCCGUGCCAGCGCAUGGGAGCCAUGGUGGCUUUCCAGUGUUUUGACGACUUCAGAAGGGACUUUGAUGAAGUUUUAUCAAGUUUUGCAGAACCACUCUUGGAGAGGGCUUCGUUCUUAGAGUCCUGCUCAUCUUUUUAUGAUGAAGAUAACAUCAAGAACACCAGGGAGAACCCAAUCCACAUAAUUAAUGUGUCCAUAAAAACAGCAGACACAGAAGACGCUGACGCUUUGGUCAAAGCCUUCACUGCCUUUGCUCAGUCAAAGAAAGCACUCCUCUUUGAGUAUGGAAUCAGGAGAAUCACCUUUUUGAUCGCGCAAAAGAGAGAAUUUCCAAAGUUCUUCACCUUCAGAGCUCGAGAUGGGUUCCAGGAGGAUCGUAUUUACCGAAAUCUGGAGCCAGCUCUUGCAUUUCAACUAGAGCUCAAUCGAAUGAGGAACUUUGACCUGACAGCUGUUCCCUGUGCCAACCACAAGAUGCACCUCUACCUGGGAGCUGCUCGUGUCCAGGAGGGUGCUGAAGUCACUGACUACCGCUUCUUCAUCCGAGCAAUUAUCCGCCACUCGGAUCUUAUUACAAAGGAAGCUUCUUUUGAAUACCUUCAAAAUGAAGGAGAGCGCCUUCUGUUGGAGGCCAUGGAUGAGUUGGAGGUGGCCUUCAGUAACACCAGCGUCCGCACAGAUUGCAAUCACAUCUUCCUCAACUUUGUCCCCACUGUCAUCAUGGACCCCUCUAAAAUAGAAGAGUCUGUCCGCUCUAUGGUGAUGCGCUACGGCAGUCGUCUUUGGAAGGUGCGGGUCCUGCAGGCUGAGUUGAAGAUCAACAUUCGUCUGACACCAACUGGGAAUGCCAUCCCUAUCCGCCUGUUUCUUACCAAUGAAUCUGGCUAUUAUUUGGACAUCAGUCUGUAUAAAGAAGUCACUGACCCAAGUUCUGGACAGAUCACGUUUCAGUCAUAUGGAGACAAGCAGGGUCCUUUGCAUGGCAUGUUGAUCAACACUCCUUAUGUGACCAAGGACCUGCUGCAAGCCAAACGCUUCCAGGCUCAAACUCUGGGCACUACAUACGUGUAUGACUUCCCUGAGAUGUUCAGACAGGCAUUAUUCAAGCUGUGGGGUCUUGGAGACAAAUGCCCAAAAGAUGUGCUGAUGUGCACUGAGCUUGUUCUGGAUCCAGAGGGCCGCCUUGUGCAGAUGAACCGCCUGCCUGGAGACAAUAAUGUGGGAAUGGUAGCCUUCAGAAUGAAGAUGAAGACUCCAGAGUACCCAGAGGGCAGAGACAUUAUUGUCAUCUGUAAUGACAUCACUCACAUGAUCGGCUCAUUUGGUCCUCAAGAGGAUGAGCUGUUCCUCAGGGCCUCUGAGUUGGCUCGGGCUGAGGGCAUCCCCCGCAUUUAUAUUGCAGCAAAUAGCGGAGCUCGCAUCGGGCUUGCCGAAGAACUCAAACACAUGUUCCAAGUGGCCUGGAUAGACCCCACUGAUCCUUACAAGGGAUUCAAAUAUCUUUACCUGACACCACAAGACUACACUCGUAUCAGCUCCUCCAAUUCUGUUCACUGCCACCAUGUGGAGGAAGGAGGAGAGUCCAGAUACAUCAUCACUGAUAUCAUUGGAAACGAUGAUGGAAUCGGUGUUGAAAACCUGCGAGGGUCAGGCACCAUUGCAGGAGAAUCUUCUCAGGCCUAUGAGGAGAUCAUUACAAUCAGUAUGGUGACUUGUCGAGCUAUCGGAAUUGGAGCCUAUCUUGUCCGUUUGGGACAGCGUGUGAUUCAGGUGGAGAACUCUCACAUCAUCCUGACCGGAGCAGGCGCUCUUAACAAGGUUCUGGGGAGAGAAGUAUACACCUCCAACAACCAGCUGGGAGGAGUCCAGAUCAUGUACAAUAAUGGAGUCACACACACCUCUGUGCCUGAUGACUUUGAGGGUGUCUUCACCAUCCUGCAGUGGCUUUCGUACAUGCCAAAGAACAAACACUCUCCUGCACCUGUUAUAACCACUACAGACCCAGUAGACAGAGAGAUAGAAUUUAUUCCCACUAAAGGCCCAUAUGACCCUCGCUGGAUGCUUGCUGGCAGACCUCAUCCCAUGGUGAGAGGUGCCUGGCAGAGUGGAUUCUUUGACCAUGGCUCUUUCAUGGAGAUCAUGGGGUCAUGGGCUCAGACUGUGGUUGUGGGAAGAGCAAGGCUAGGAGGGAUCCCCCUUGGUGUCAUUGCUGUUGAAACACGGACAGUCGAGGUCACAAUCCCAGCAGAUCCUGCAAACCUGGAUUCAGAAUCUAAAGUUCUGCAGCAGGCAGGCCAGGUGUGGUUUCCAGAUUCUGCUUUUAAAACAGCUCAGGCCAUUUGUGACUUCAACCGUGAACAUCUACCUCUCAUGGUUUUUGCCAACUGGAGGGGCUUCUCUGGGGGCAUGAAGGAUAUGUAUGACCAGGUACUGAAGUUUGGGGCCUAUAUUGUAGAUGCCCUGCGUGGUUUCCGUCAGCCAGUGUUAGUUUACAUCCCACCACAGGCUGAGCUGAGAGGGGGGUCUUGGGUAGUGAUUGAUCCCACCAUCAACCCCCUGUGCAUGGAGCUGUAUGCUGACAGGGAAAGCAGAGGUGGUGUGCUGGAAGCUGAGGGCACAGUGGAGAUAAAAUUCAGGAGGAAGGACCUGAUGAAAACCAUGAGAAGACUAGAUUCAGUCUAUGCUGGUCUGGUUGAGCAGCUCGCUUCCCCAGAGUUGUCUGACAAACAGGCUAAAGAGCUGGAGGCAAAGCUCAAGGAGAGGGAGGAGUUCCUGCUACCCAUCUACCACCAGGUGGCGGUGCAGUUCGUGGACCUCCAUGAUACCCCAGGCAGGAUGCAAGAGAAAGGGGUCAUCACAGAUAUUUUGGAUUGGAAGAGUGCACGUACCUUCUUCUACUGGCGUCUGAGGCGCCUCCUGUUGGAGCAGGUGGUGAAGUGUGAGAUUCUGCUGGCAAACAAGGAUCUCAGCGAUGGGCACAUACAGUCCAUGCUGCGGAGAUGGUUUGUGGAGACAGAGGGAACAGUCAAGGCUUACCUUUGGGAUAAUAAUCAAGUAGUAGUUGAGUGGCUUGAGAGGCAUUUGUCCAAGGAGGAUGGCACCCGAUCAGCCAUUCGAGAGAACAUCAAGUACUUGAAAAGAGAAAACACUCUGAAGCACAUUCGUAGCCUGGUACAGGCCAACCCUGAUGUAGCCAUGGAUUGCAUCAUCCAGAUGAGCCAGAACAUUACUCCUUCCCAGAGGGCCAAGUUGUCACAUCUGCUUGCAACUAUGGACAACACCAACACCAGUUAAGCUGUGGAACUUUAUCAGGUUAUACUAAUAAAGAAAAUCACUUGUAGUCGAUUGUACUGUUAAAUGUCAUAAGCACAGAAUUGCUGUAGUGUUAAAAGGCUUAAAGCUGAAAUAACACAAUCUUGGAUUCAAGAUUAUAGUUUGAAGGUUUUUUUUAAAAUUACCCACACAAGGUCAGAGAUCUGUCUGGUGUCAUCUUCACUCUGCUGCCUUACCAUGUUGUCAUGAACCACACAGGUUUGAAAGUGUUUUUUUUUUUUUUUCCAGCCAUUUCAGCUUUUCACCAGGCUGUUUACUAAAGCACACUUCACUUUGCUCAAAUUCAGGAGUCAGUGUUAAAGUUGCCUUGCUGGACAGUAACUGUCGAAGCAGGAGAUUAUCAUAUUUCAUAAAAUGGGACACUUGAUAUUCGGGUGCUAGUUAUAGUGUUUAGUUUAAAAAUAAAACCAAGAACGUGUUUGUCUUUGAAAGUAGUUGGUGAAAAAUAAUCUCAGAUAAGUUGAUCCUUUGAUAAAUUGUUGAACUGAGCUACCAUAAAAUAUUGAAAAUACCAUUAUCUGGCUUAUUUUUGCAAUGAAUGAAACAGGUUUCCAUCAGUGUUAUGAUUAAAAUGGCUAAUUAUUUAGCUUUAUCAUGAGUGCAGUUAUAUUUGUCAUUUCAUUGUUAAUGUCUGCCCAGCUUAUCUUUUUCAUCAUCACUUUCAGUCUGUCAGGUGUUGCUGUGUCUAAUAUUCUAGGUAUGAUGGUCUGAAUGAUAAGAUAGUGUGACACUGUAUGUGAUGCUUCUGAGUAUGUAUUUUGUCCUAUUGUCCUAUAUAAAGCAGAAGUUCCCAAAACUCAGGUUUAACUGAGUAAACGUUAACUGCCAAAGUGGUACCUCAGCAAUGCCUUGAUUUGCCUUAUUUCUAAUCAAACUUCAGCCUUGGCAUUUCAUUUGAAUGUGUAAAAACUCUUUCCUGUGUCUUGUACAUCACUAUGGGCUGUUUGUUAAUAAAAUAGAUUUUAAAUACAAA